AUGUCGGACGACACGGUAAAUAGAUUAGUUCUCGACGAGUUGGACUAUGACGUUGAUGCUAUGCGUGAAGAACUUAAAAAAUACCUUUCAUCCAUUACUGAUGAGCAGAAAAAAGUGUUCGAUGAUAUCAUGGAUGCUGUUACAAAUGACAGAGGUGGACUGUUCUUUCUUUAUGGGCAUGGAGGAACGGGAAAGACUUUCAUAUGGAAAACUUUAUCGGCUGCUAUCCGUUCAAAAGGAGAAAUAGUUAUAAAUGUUGCUUCCAGUGGUAUUGCUUCGCUUCUACUUCCAGGUGGCAGAACUGCUCAUUCUAGAUUUGGACUGCCAAUAAUUGUACAUGAGAGCUCCACAUGCAGCAUCAAACAACAGAGCCCACAGGCAGAAUUGUUGUCUAGAGCAAAGCUAAUCAUAUGGGACGAGGCACCGAUGAUGCACAGGUACUGUUUCGAAGCACUCGACAAAACAAUGAAAUCUAUACUUGAUUCAGAUAUGCCAUUCGGAGGCAAGGUUGUAGUGCUUGGAGGGGACUUUCGGCAAAUUCUGCCAGUUGUGUUGAAAGCGUCGAGACAAGACAUUGUGCAUGCUACAAUCAAUUCGUCACCGUUGUGGAGGCAAUGCAAGGUUAUGAAGUUAAACAAGAACAUGAGACUUGAGUCGUCCUCCUCUUCAGCGAAUGCAGAUGAAAUACGAGAAUUUGCGGACUGGAUAUUGAGAAUCGGCAAUGGCGAUGCUGGCGAGAUAAAUGACGGUGAUGCCACAAUUGAAAUUCCCGAUGACAUGCUGAUUCGGAAUUCUGCAGAUCCCUUUCUGGAUCUUAUAGAGUUUGUCUAUCCCGAUCUGGUGACCAACCUUUUCACUCCCGAGUAUUUCGAAGGCAGAGCAAUCCUUGCACCCACUAAUGAAAGUGUCGGUUUUGUGAACGAUCAUUUUUUGUCGAUCAUAGCUGGAGAGGAGAAGGUCUAUUUCAGCUCAGAUAGUAUGUGCAAGGACGAGUUGUUAUCGGAUGUCAACGCAGAAAUAUACUCACCGGAGUUUCUCAACACCAUAUCAUGUUCCGGAAUUCCACCGCAUAAGUUGACAUUGAAAAGAGGUGUUCCCGUUAUGCUCAUCAGAAAUAUCGAUCAGGCCAGAGGAUUGUGCAAUGGAACAAGGCUUCAGAUUAUUAAUAUGGGAAAACACGUUCUCAACUGCAGAAUCCUGUCCGGUAAACAUGUUGGUGAUAUGGUGUUCAUUCCUAGAAUGACUUUGGUACCGUCCAACUCUGCAUUGCCUAUUAAAUUCCAGCGACGUCAGUUUCCGUUAAUGGUAUCAUUCGCAAUGACAAUCAAUAAAAGUCAAGGACAAACUCUUUCUCACGUGGGCCUGUACUUGCCGAGACCUGUUUUCAGUCACGGACAGCUCUAUGUCGCACUCUCGAGGGUUAAGAGUCGAAGUGGCAUAAAGAUUUUGAUUAACUCGGAAUCUGGUGAUACGACCAACGUUACAAAUAAUGUUGUAUACAAGGAAGUUUUUCAGCGUAUAUGA